GAAUUCCCUAAAAAGAAUCUCUCCACUAUGUCGAAACUCGAAAGUCCACUUCCCUGAAAUUUCAACCAGAGUUGCAUAAAUUACUUGAUUUACUCUCUUAAUUAUCUUUUUUUCUUUCUUUAUUUAUGUUGUUGAAUAAUGCAGUAUAAUUAAAUUCUUUCAAUCGGUGGUGAAAAAUCAUGAUUGGUGUACGUAGAGAAAGUGGCUUGAUGAAAAAGGACGGCGGCGACGGCUUUAAAUCGCUGCGCGGAUCGAGAAUCGCCGCCGCGAUCUUCGUCGGAUUGUUAGUCGGCUGCGUUUUCGCAUUCUUCUACCCCGACGGAUUUUUCGUAAUUCACCACCAAGUCGCCACCUCCGAUUCAGAGGUCGUGACCUCUUCAUGCGAAACAUCGGAGCGCAUCAACAUAUUAAAAUCAGAGUUCGUUUCUGCUUCGGAGAAAAACGCAGAGUUGAAAAGGCAAAUCAGGGGUUUGACCGAGAAGCUUCGCUUAGCCGAACAAGGGAAGGAUAAUGCACAAAAGGAAGUAUUAGUAUUAGGCGAACAGCAAAAAGCCGGUCCCUUCGGCACCGUUAAGGCAUCAAGAACCAACCCCACAGUUAUACCCGACGAAUCUGCCAACCCAAGAUUAGCCAAAAUACUCGAGAAAGUAGCUGUCAAUCGCGAACUCAUUGUCACACUAGCAAAUUCAAAUGUUAAAGACGCGUUGGAAGUGUGGUACACAAAUAUAAAGAAAGUCGGAAUAUCCAAUUACUUAGUCUUUGCAUUGGACAAAGAAAUCGCUACUUUGUGCGAAGCAAACGAUGUCCCGUUCUAUAGGAAACUGGAAACAGAUACCAGUUUCGACUCUGUAGCAAAAACAGGAGGAAACCACGCCGUCUCGGGUUUGAAAUUUCGGAUCUUGAGGGAGUUCUUACAGCUAGGUUACAGCGUACUUCUGUCGGAUGUCGACAUAGUUUACUUACAAAACCCAUUCGAUUAUCUUUACAGGGACUCGGAUGUGGAGUCAAUGACAGACGGUCAUGAUAACAUGACAGCUUAUGGGUUCAAUGAUGUUUUCGAUGAACCAGCUAUGGGUUGGGCGAGGUACGCUCAUACUAUGAGGAUCUGGGUUUAUAAUUCGGGUUUUUUUUAUAUAAGACCAACAUUACCCUCGAUCGAGCUUUUAGAUCGUGUGGCUAAUCGAUUGGCUCGUGAGAAUGCGUGGGACCAAGCUGUUUUCAACGAGGAGCUUUUCUUUCCUUCACAUCCUGGUUAUGAGGGUCUUCAUGCUUCUAGAAGAACUAUGGAUUACUAUAUGUUUAUGAACAGUAAAACUCUGUUUAAAACUGUUAGGAAGGACUCUAAUCUUAGAAAGCUUAAGCCGGUGAUAAUUCAUGUGAAUUAUCAUCCGGAUAAGCUUGAACGAAUGAAAGGCGUUGUCGAUUACUAUGUGAAUGGGAAGAAAGAUGCUCUGGAUUCAUUUCCUGAUGGUUCGGAAUAGUGAUAAUGUUCGUAUUUGGGGGAAAAGAAUUGAUGCAUUCGUUUUGUUGGCAUUUACAAGAAUAGUUGGUUUUUAAUGUUUUCAUAGCUUGUUAAGGAAUUUGUGGAUUUUGUUGUUAUAACAUGAGAAUUAUAAAUGUUAUUUGAUGUUCUUGUUCGAA